UAUUUUCCUUCCAUUUCUCCUACUAUUUCCUUUCCUAAGACAAAAACAUGGCAUAUUUGGUUGCAGGGGCUUUGCUCUCUGCCUCCUUUCAAGUGUUAUUUGAACGGUUGUCUUCUCCCCAAUUGCUGAACUUCCUUAAGAGCUUAUUGCAUCAUAAUGAAGGAGAUAAACUACGCAAGAAGCUCAAGUCAAAAUUGCUGAGACUUAGUGUCGUCUUUAAUGAUGUUGAGAAACAACAGUUCAUUAAUCAAUUAGUGAAAGAUUGGACGGAUGAGCUUAAAGAUACUAUCUACCACGCAAAUGACUUAUUGGAUGAGAUUAGUGCUGCAAAAAACCAGGUAACAGACUCAACCAUGACUUCUGAUUCUAGUUUCUAUGAUGCAGAGCUAGUGUCCAAGAUGGAGGAGAUCGUUGAUAGACUAGAAUGGUUUUUGGAAGAAAAUGAUGAUCUUGGGUUGAAAGAAGUUGCUGAUCAAAAGUGGUCUCACUCUCACAGAUUGCCAUCAACUUCUUUAGUUGAUGAAUCUGGUGUGUAUGGAAGGGAUAACGACAAGGAGAAGAUAAUUAAAAUAUUGCUUUUGGAUGAGGCGAGUAGCAAUAAGAUAGAUGUGAUUCCAAUCAUUGGGAUGAGUGGUGUAGGCAAAACUACCCUUGCUCAACUUGUUUACAAUGAUGGCAGAGUAGUUGAGCAUUUUGAUAUGAAAGCAUGGGUUUGUGUUUCUGAUGAAUUUGAUGUUCUUAGUGUUACUAAAACAAUUUAGAGGCAAUUACUUCCAUUAAUUAUGACACACAAGACCUAAAUCUGCUUCAUGUCAAACUAAAGGAGAGCUUGAUGGGGAAGAAGUUUCUAAUUGUUUUGGAUGAUGUAUGGAACGAGAACCCUAGUCAUUGGGAAAUCUUGUGGACUCCUUUCACAGCUGGUGCAUAUGGAAGUAAGAUUGUUGCAACAACCCGUAAUCAUAGUGUCGCAUCUAUCAUGCAAACCAUUCCUGUUCAUCAUUUGUAACACUUAUCGAA